AUGUUUAUUAAAAAUUAUUUUUCACAAAGUGAAAGUUAUUUCUGAAGAGGCUACGUGAUUUUCUUCACAACAUUCAACUAUUUGUUAGAUCUGUUAUUUCAUUUAUCCAUUAAAACUAUCGAGACGGUUGUUAGACUGGCAAAAUUUAGUAAACAAUUAACAAGAUGGGUGUUUUAAAUAACAAUGUCCAACACAAUUUUGUUAAAAACGAAGUGGGGGUCUGUUCUGUGAACAAUCUCAUUCGAUUGGCCGUAGUUUUGAUAGACAGUUGAGUGUAAGACAAUUGAACAAGACAACAAUCGCGACUUACCGACCGUAAGAAUAAACAAGAGAGUGACUUCUCAUUCACGUGUUUUAAUAAUUAAUAGUGUGGUCAUUUUUUUAUUGUUUCUUUCGAUUGACUUUGUUUUGGACUGUUUUUUUGACAGUUUUAAACCAGAAAAAAAAGCGUUUUUAUGUUUUCAAAGGCAACAACCAUAAUUUGCAGUUGCAAUUUUGACAAGAGUUUGUGCUACAAGAAGACCAUGCUGGAAAAAUUUACGAGCGAAAUCAAACGAACGAAGAGAGACAUAAACUGUAAUGGUAUUAAGAAGCCAAAAACAGUCGAAAUAAGAAAAGAAGAAGUUAUGGCUAUUAGAAAUAGAUUUCCUACAAAAAUCCCAGUGAUAGUACAAAGAUUUUCAAAGGAAACAAAUCUACCCCAGUUGGAUAAAUCUAAGUUUCUAGUUCCUCAAGAAAUAACCAUGUCUCAAUUUCUAACAAUUAUCAGAAAUCGUAUGCAUAUAAGUUCAUCCCAAGCGCUGUAUCUGUUAAUAAACAAUCGAUCCAUGGUAAGUUUGUCCCUUACGUUAGCCGAGGUUUACACAGAGCAUUCUGGACCGGAUGGAUUUCUGUAUGUCACAUACGCAUCCCAGGAAAUGUUUGGUUGCCCAAAAAACAAACGAUAAAAAAAAAUAAAAUCAAAACAAUGCCUGUAAACAUACGUAAUAUGUCGCGAAAGAGAAUUGAAUAUGUUAAGCUUUUUUUUUUAUAUUUGUAUGUGUAUGCUAUGUUCGUGUGUCUGUAUUUGUUAAAUUUAAUUACAACCCUGUUUUGAUGUUACCUCUAACCUAAGUCGCUCGAAAGUUACAUUUCUCACAGCAAAAUAUUACAAUGGAAAAAUUAGGCGCCAUGAUUAUUGUAUUGUCCUGCUACGACCAAAACGAAAAACAAAAACCCCCUUUAAAGAAUUCGUUAACGAGUUACAAUGGAAAUAUAUGUCAGUGAUUGUUAUAUUGGCUUGGCAACGAGCCAAACAAAAACAUAAAGCUCGCUAAAACAAUUGCUUUACAAGUUACAAUGGAAGAAAUGGUAACGAUUGUUAUAUUACUAUGGCAACGAGACAAAUAUUAGACGAGAACCUCCUUCAAACAGUUGGUUAACGCAUUACAACGAAAAUGCAUGGCAAUGGUUGGUGCAUUGCCUUGGCAACGAGUCGGACAGUAAACGGAAAACAUCUUUAAACAAUCGGUUAACGCGUUACAAUGGAUAUGCAUGGCAAUGAUUGGCGUAUUGCCUUGACAACGAGCCGAACAGUAAACGGAAAACGCCUUUAAAUAAUUGGUUAACGCAUUACAAUGGACAUGCAUGGCAAUGAUUGGCACAUUGCCUUCGCAACGAUCCGAACAGUAAAUGGAAAACAUUUUAAAACAAUUGGCUAACCCCUUACAAUGGAAAUUCAUGGCAAUGGUUGGUGUAUUGUUUUGGCAACAGCCGAACAGUACACGGAAAACACCAUUGAACAAUUUCUUAACACGUUACAAUGGAAAUACAUUACAAAGAUCAGUGUAUUGCCUUGAUAACGAGCCGAACAGUAAAUGGAAAACACCUUUAAACAAUUGGUUAACUCGUUACAAUGGAAAUGCAUGGCAAUGAUUGGCGUAUUGCCUUGGCAACUAACCGAAUAGUAAAAUACAGUUCCUUACAAAAAUUGCUUGAUAAGUUACAAUGGAAAAAAUGGAGCGAUUGUUUUAUUGCUAUGGCAACAAGUCAAA